GCCCGAUAUGCCGAUCACAUGUAUGAUCCCCAUCGAUAGUACCACCUUAACGAUCUCUUCCCCCAUCUCCACUCUCUACAGGCUUGCAUCCAGCUCCACAUGCCCUAUUCUCAACAUGCAUCACACGCCGAAGCUCAAAUCGCUACUUACAAUGAUGUGGCCGGAAAUCAACACAUCUUCAUCGUCGACGCUGCCGGUGCAGAGGCUGUCUUUGCGAGAUUGGGGCUCGGAGAGGUCGGUAGGCCAGUUUCUUGGUUGCCAGACGACGUGACUCUGUGAAGAGCUUCCAGGGCCCUCUUCCUAGUCGCCCCCUGCAAGCGCGUCCCAACCCAAUGGACAAGUAAGAGUUUGAUACUAUGGUUGGCUCCACAGUUUCGGUCUUGGAAGAGU